AUGUUCGGCACGUCCAUGCCUGGUCCGGCAGAUGUGGCAUCCGUGUGGACCGAAAGGCAUGAAGAUUUGAAGCAAGCUUUUGCGGAGAAGCGUGAGCAUAAGAUUGCGGAGGCGAGGGAAACCCGCAGGCAAGGCCUGCGGGGAAGCACGACGGCGCCCCUGAAGACCUUCACGAAGAAGUGUGCCACUGCCCGAGAGCAACGCCUCCACGACGAGAUGGCCAAGCAUGCUGCCCGAGGUCCUGCCCGACGAUUUGACAAGGCGACGUGCUACAUCGGUGCCAAAGGCAUAUCCGAGAUGCCUGGCCAGCGUCGGACCGAUGAUUUGCACAAGGCCGACAUCAUCGUCACGGGCAAGAAGCUGGAGAAGCCCGACUGGCGAGCGGCUCACGCCAUGCUCAUGGGCAAGAUCGUCGCAGAGGGCACGGACUUGACAAAGUCCAGGCACGUCGCUUGGCGACCCCGUCCGGAGACCGUGGUGAAGCAGCAUUUUGGCAGCAGCGGUACGAGUUUGUACUUUUAUUAG